AUGGAUCCUUUUUCCCUUAACUCUCCCGGGUUGGUUAACCUACUAGCUUCCCAGAGCAGUCAAACAAUAGACUUAGGGUGUUCUGAGGUUCCUAAACCUGCGUCAAAGCGAAAGUGGACAACCAAAGAAGACGUUGUGCUGAUCAGUGCUUGGUUGAACACCAGCAAGGAUCCAAUCGUGAGUAAUGAGCAGAAGGCAGCUAAGUUUUGGAAGCGAAUAGAGGAGUAUGUCAAUGCUAGCCCUCUGCUCAUUGGCUCCGUUCCUAGGGAGUGGAGUCAAUGUAAACAGAGGUGGGGAAGGGUGAAUGAGCAGGUGUGCAAGUUUGUGGGAAGCCAUGAAGCCGCUUUGAAGGAGCAACCGAGUGGCCAAAAUGAGAAUGAUGUCAUGAAGGCUGCCCAUGACAUCUUCUUUAAUGACUAUCAUGUAUCAGUAAUAUGCUUCCCAUUCGCAAUCAAAUUCGGGAUCAACAGAUACAUGAUCGUUUGA